CCACAAAAGCAGAAUAAACAAAAUAAUAAGUGCCUCCAACCGACGCUAUCAAACAGCUGUGCUCCCUAUUCGGUGUAUAUUAGUUAGUUGUUGGCGUUUUUUCACUACACAGUUUUCUGCCRUCGAAUCAAGUCAAUCAGUUGGCGUCCAAACAUAAAAGCAACCGGUCUAUUGGGAUAUAUUUAGAAGGCAGAAAUAUAAAUUCAAUAAACAAGUGUACACGCUUCCAGCGAGUGCGAGUGUACAAAUAAUAUAUUGUUUGCCGAUCACGAAAUCAUUUUACAUUUUAAGUUUAUUUUGGCUGUGUAAAUAAUUCAGAUAAUUCCAUAAUGGAUCCAAUGCAGGUUGAAGUGAAAAGUAUUGACGAACUUUUUAAAUUAGAUGGUUAUUUAAAGCCAUUUGAACGUGAAAUACGACGCAGACAUGGCGUGCUUAAAGAGUGGAUCGGCAAAAUCGACCAGCUCGAAGGCGGCAUGGAUACAUUCUCACAGGGUUACAAAUAUUACGGAUUACACUUCCAACCCGACAACUCUGURAUUGCACGCGAAUGGGCGCCUGGUGCACAGCAAGUUUAUCUCACCGGUGAUUUCAAUAACUGGCAAUGGGAGGCGACCCCUUUUAAGAAGCUCGAUUACGGGAAAUGGGAAUUACAUUUGCCCGCCAAUGCCGAUGGCAGCGUGCCCAUCAAACAUCUCAGCGAGGUGAAAGUGAUAAUACGCAAUCAGGCCGGUCAUCUCUUGGAUCGACUCUCACCGUGGGCCACAUAUGUGCGUCAACCACCCAAGGAGGCCAAUCAGGGUGUCAACUAUAAGCAGUAUGUGUGGAAUCCACCGCCAACUGAACGCUACCUCUGCAAGCACCCACGUCCGAAGCGUCCCAAAUCGUUGCGCAUAUAUGAAUGCCAUGUGGGUAUUGCCUCGCAGGAGCCACGUGUUGGUUCAUAUCAGAACUUCGCCGAUAAUAUAAUACCGCGCAUCAAGCGUCAAGGUUACAAUGCCAUACAGGUUAUGGCCAUUAUGGAGCACGCUUACUAUGCCAGUUUUGGCUACCAGGUGACCAGUUUCUUUGCCGCUUCCAGUCGUUAUGGCACGCCCGAAGAGUUGAAACGCAUGAUCGAUGUAGCGCAUGAACAUGGCUURUAUGUGUUAUUGGAUGUGGUGCAUUCGCAUGCGAGUAAGAAUGUGCAGGAUGGUUUGAAUCAAUUUGAUGGCACCAAUUCAUGUUAUUUCCAUGAUGGUGCGCGUGGAGAACAUUCACUGUGGGAUAGUCGACUCUUCAAUUAUGUAGAAUAUGAGGUGUUACGCUUUUUGCUUUCCAAUUUGCGUUGGUGGCACGAUGAGUACUACUUCGAUGGCUAUAGGUUUGAUGGCGUCACUUCCAUGUUGUAUCAUUCACGCGGUAUUGGUGAAGGUUUCAGCGGUGAUUACAACGAAUAUUUUGGUCUAAAUGUUGAUACGGACGCAUUAAACUAUCUCGGUUUAGCCAAUUACAUGUUGCAUACACAAAAUCCAGAGGUCGUCACUAUCGCAGAGGAUGUAUCAGGAAUGCCCACACUCUGCCGUCCAGUCGACGAGGGCGGUAUUGGUUUCGAUUACCGUCUUGCCAUGGCCAUACCAGACAAAUGGAUUGAAUUGCUGAAAGAGUUUACAGACGACGCCUGGAAUAUUGGUAACAUCGUGCACACAUUGACAAAUCGUCGMUGGAAGGAGAAAACUGUUGCCUAUGCUGAAUCUCAUGACCAAGCUUUGGUCGGUGAUAAAACGAUUGCCUUUUGGUUAAUGGAUAAAGAAAUGUACACACACAUGUCUACAAUCUCCGAGCCGUCGUUGAUUAUCGAUCGCGGCCUUUCGCUGCACAAAAUGAUACGUUUGAUCACACAUGCACUUGGAGGUGAGGCAUACCUCAAUUUUAUGGGCAACGAGUUCGGCCAUCCCGAAUGGUUGGAUUUCCCACGUGUGGGCAAUAACGAUUCCUAUCAUUAUGCGCGUCGUCAGUGGAAUUUGGUUGAUGAUGCAUUAUUGAAGUACAAAUUUUUGAAUGAAUUUGAUCGUGCAAUGAAUGAGCUGGAAGAGCGCUACGGCUGGCUACAUUCAGAUCCCGCAUAUGUCAGCUGGAAGCAUGAAGGCGAUAAAAUAAUUGCUUUUGAACGCGCCGGCUUAGUCUUUGUUUUCAAUUUCCACCCCACACAAAGUUUUACUGGUUAUCGUGUUGGCACCAAUUGGGCAGGCACUUAUCAGGCGGUGUUGAGUUCGGAUGAUGAACUCUUUGGCGGCCAAAAUCGUAUUGAUAAGAAUUGCAAGCAUUUAACACGAGCCGAAGGCUAUGCAGGACGCCAGAACUUCUUUGAGGUUUACACACCCUCACGCACAGCUGUGGUAUAUGCCCACGUAAGUGACUAGACGACAACGGUAAAAAGGCUGUCUAAAGUUGGAGGGCUAUACUCAUAUUAGUAGUUGUAAAAAUUUACCAUUUGUUUUAGAAAAAAAUAUACAAUAAGUGAAAGUGAACAAAAUUUUUCUAUUAAAAAUAGAGCUUA